CUGGCGUGACGUCAUGCUGGGUAAUGUGCGAAACCGUGUCGAUCCAGAUAUGAUCCCGAAUUCGACCGGCUGGUUGACUCGAAUACACAUCAACACACACUAAUCCGCGGAUGUUCCUUGAUUAGUGUUACACUCGUUUCAAUUAAGUCCCGGCCCGCGAAACGAUGUUAUCGAGAACCUAAUACUUUUCCUUUUGUAUUUUUAUUUUCAUUUAAAGGAUUCUGAACUCUCAGCUUUUUGUUUUGUGUGUUUGCACUGUCACGAUUGCUUGUUCAGCUGAUUUGCACGACAUACUAAUUAAAAUGCAAGAGAUACUCAAAGAUAUACUAGAUAUUCUUGAUGUUGAUAUUACGACGACACGGUCGAAAAAAAGCUUAAUCCAGGAUUUUUUCGACCUGAUGUCACCUACAGCCACAGCUCCACCGAGCCACUCAUUUACAUCCACAUAUUCAACCUUAAACAGAUAUUCGAGACAGCAGGAAUAUGACAACUCUAGAACUUCGAACUCGAUAUUCACCCCAAACUAUAAUACCGCACCAAGCAGUUGGUAUCAAAUUCAGAAUUCUGACCACUAUCAGUCAAAGCUGAACACAGCGACAUGGAACACAAGGUACACGACUGGUCAGCCUCAGUAUCCAUUUAACUUGUAUAGCUUAGCGAACCUUAGUGGGAUUACCGGAAAUUCUUACACCGAAAACUUGUUGGACAUCUCUGAGCAAUUAGCGGAAUUAACUUUGGAUGGACGACCUUUGAAACGGCCGCCCGCCGCUUAUUUGUGUCAUCUGUGUUUUCAGAAAGGGCACUACAUCAAAGACUGUCCACAGGCUCGCCCUAAGGGUGAAGGCAAAACACCCUACCAAGGCAGAAAGAGGUGUUUCGGCGAAUAUAAAUGCCCCAAGUGCAAACGAAAAUGGAUGUCUGGGAACUCGUGGUCGAAUAUGGGUCAAGAGUGCAUCAAGUGCCAUAUAAACGUAUUUCCACAUAAGCAGAGACCAUUGGAAAAACCUGACGGCCUAGACGUUUCGGAUCAAUCUAAAGUCCACCCUCAGCAUUUAUGCCAAAAAUGCAAGGAGUUGGGUUAUUACUGCAGGAGAGUCCAAUAGUUUUGCAAUAGCUGCAAUUUUAUGAUUUUUUUUAAUGUUUGUUUUGUUCCUUUCGCCAUAUUUUAUAGAGUUUUUUUAUUUUUAUAAUUUACGUUUUUUCUUUUAGCAGUAUUUUAUUUCGUUGUCUUAUGCGAAUGUUUAUGUAUUUUGUAUUAAGUACUUAUAUAUAGUUUUGUUUUUUAUAACAUCAUAUACAACUUCUCUGAAGUUAAGUACAUUAAUUUAAAUGUGUAUUUUUUAUUGUGCGAUAAUCACGAAAUUUCUGUUUCUGAUAGCAAUGUACAGGGUGGCUCACUAAAUACUUAUUUGUUGGCCCACCCUGUGUGUACGUAUAUAAGAAAGAAUAUUUUGAUCUACAUUUGUGAUAAAUUAUCAUGGUGGCAUAGAUAACACCAUUUUCUAUAAAGGGUAAAAUAUGUAUAAAUUUGGUCUAAGAUACUUUUUAAUCGUCAUCAUGAUGUAGAUUUUGAUUUUAUCAACUGUAGUUGUAAUGGUCAUUUUUAAUAAAUAUUUUAUUAUGAAAAUGUCGGAAGAUUAUCUUUUAAGGUGACAGUUGUAGAUAUAUUACAGUAAUGUGAGUAAUGGAUAUAGUUUGAUGUACAAACCUAUAGAGGCACGGUUAUUUUAAAAAAAUGAUAAAUAAAGUCCUAUAUUUACAGAAUAAUCAUUAUAUUUAAUAAAAGUAUUUGUUGAAACAUGUACUGUA